CUUCAUGGAUGACCUAAUUGUUGCCUUAUUAGCAUGAAUUUAUGCAAGCCAAUGGUGGAGUCCCACAAACUAGUGAUGUGUCCACCUAGUGUGGCAUGUAAGAAGUUCUAAUCACCCUCUCUUUUUUCUCUUUUCCCCAACUCCUAGUUACCUUUGCUUCUCGUAUAUAAGGAUUUAAUGUCUCUUGGUUUGUCACACCAAUAAUGACUUGUCAAGCAGACAUCGAAGGAGAAAAACUGCGCAAAGGUCCAUGGCUUGAAGAGGAAGAUGAACAACUCACAGCCUACGUAAAUCUAAAGGGGAAUCGGAGGUGGGAUGCUUUAGCGAAAGAAUCAGGUCUAAGGAGGAGUGGUAGGAGUUGCAGGAUGAGGUGGUUGAACUAUCUCCGUCCAAAUCUUAAGCAUGGACAUAUCACUGUCGAAGAAGAGAAAAUAAUCCUUCAUCUUCAUGAACGUUGGGGCAACAAGUGGUCGAAGAUCGCGCAAAUGCUUCCUGGAAGAACUGAUAAUGAGAUCAAGAAUUACUGGAGGACACAUUUAAAGAAGAAAGAACCAAUUCAAGAUGUUACACUUGCUCUGUCUGCAGGAAACUUCCAAUGUACGUCAAACAAGGGCCAGCAAAGUCUCUUCUUUCAGGAAGGUGAUAUGAGUGCUGAAAAACAGUACAACUUUAAUCAAGACCAUGACUCAGUUUCAAAUUUAUGUGGAGCCAAGGAUCCUUGCUCUGAUGAUCUUGGUUUAUCGGAAUUUGCAUUGACAAAUUCUCCGUACGAAACCAGGUUAUCAGAUUGGAUAUCCGAAUUAUCAAGCGAACAAAGUGGAAUAAACUAUAAUCAGGACUGUAAUAGUGUAGAGUCAGAUUUGUGUCAUCUGACAUGGACUCCAGAUGAUAGCAAUAGAAGGGAGUGUCCAAGUUUCCUCUGGGACAUGAACUAACAGACACUUAAUAUUUUGAAUUGUGGAUCAAAUGAACUCCGAGCCUCUAGAUUGAAAAUCACGUUGCUGCUACGAGAAACACAACUUCUUCCUUCCAACUCCAGCAUGUCUACAUGAAACAAUUAUGGCGCAGCUGAUGGCCUUAUAAGAAUGAAUGGGCCAGAGUAUGAAUGGUGAAUAGUUUUUGCAUUUCGAACACUUAGAGCCUUCAAAUUGUAAUUCAAAGUGGCAUGCAUGUAUGUGAUG